AUGGCAGCCUCGAGGCUGGUGCUGUCGCUGCUGGUCGCAGCUCUCCUGCUGCACGUGGCCACCACGCUGAAGAUUGGUGCCUUCAACAUCAAAGCGUUUGGGGACACCAAGUUGUCCAACCAGACCGUGGCAAAUAUCAUCGUCUCUAUCCUGUCGGAGUACGACAUCGUUCUGGUGCAGGAGGUCCGGGAUGCCGACCUGAGUGCUGUGAAUGACCUCAUGGACCAGCUCAACAGUGCUGGGGAGCACCCAUACGACUUUUUGGUCAGCGUCCCCCUGGGUCGGGGCACCUACAAGGAGCAGUACCUCUUCAUCUACAGGUCAGACAUGGUCUCCGUGCUGGGAAGCUACUACUACGAUGAUGGCUGCGAACCCUGUGGGACUGACACCUUCAGCAGGGAGCCCUUCAUUGUGAAGUUCUCCUCACCCACCACACAGGUGCAGGAGUUCGUGUUGGUGCCUCUGCAUUCGGAGCCCAGCCACGCAGCACAGGAGAUCGACGCGCUCUACGAUGUCUACUCCGAUGUCAUCAACAAGUGGGGGACCAACGACAUGAUCUUCCUGGGUGAUUUCAACGCUGACUGCUCCUACGUGACCAGCUCCCAGUGGCCGUCCAUCCGCCUGCGCUCCCUCUGCGCCUGCGAGUGGCUCAUCCCCGACAGCGCCGACACCACCGUGGCCGACACCGACUGCGCCUAUGACCGCAUCAUCGCUUGUGGCACUGCCCUGCGCCAAGACAUUGAACCUGGCUCUGCCACCAUCAACAACUUCCAGAAGAAAUUCCACCUCCAGAUGAAGGAUGCUUUGGCUGUCAGCGACCAUUUCCCAGUGGAGGUGACCCUGAAAGCCCGCUGAGCCUGUCCCCACACCAGUG